GCCCUUGCUUUGUGGGGUGAUUUCAAGCAUUUCAUAAGCACAGUGAUGAACAGCACUCUCACCUUAUGUAUGCAUAUGAAGGGGGUGUCUCACUCCAGUGCCAUAUGGCAGGACUAUUACAGCUGCCAGCCAAUCCACUGUAGAUGCAGAAGAAGCAACAGUUGCUUGCCUGUGUCUGCUAUAUUUAUCAUAUUUGCUUCGAUACAGAAAUGUGUGACAUGACUGCACUGUGCUGCCCUGGCUCCAUCCUGACCAAGUGUCAAAUUUCAGCAUCAUACCAGUGUCCCAGUGCUUUGCUUACCAUCACAACAGUGCAGUGUGGUAGUAGUGACACAGUGACCGACCGGUGGCCAUCAGUCAAAUCACUAAGGGAGGGAAAACAGCAAGGACACACUGUCUUGGAAAAAGUGGCAUAGCUGCAGUUGGAAGCUUGUGUUAUGUGACUUCUGUGGUUUGUUGGUGUUUUCAGCUGUUUUCCUUGUGAGUUUAGCCCAUUGUUAUAGAAUUACUUUAGUCGUACAGUCCAUUUUUGCACACCUUUGCUUUUUGAGACCAGCUGAUGGAAAGACUAAACCGACAUGUCUGCCACUCUCAGGGUAGAUGGAGUGAAGUAAAAGAAAAAGAGGGAAAAAAGGAAGGGAAGGAAAUGACACUUUGCCUGAAUGAGUGUCUGAGAGCGGUUGGGCUACAGCAUCACUAUGCUAGGUUUAAAUCCAUGGGAGUUCAUCGUGCAGCCCACCUUUCAGCACUGACCAUGGAGGACUAUCCCAUUUUAGGAAUCCGCACAAUGGAGGACAGGAGUCGACUCUUCCAUCUGGUCCAAAUGGUCAAAACUCUUGACCUGGAGAAUCUUGGAUAUGAAGUUGGUGAUGAUUUUGAUGAUUAUGGUGCUGAUGGUGGUGAUGAAGGCUACGCCGUAGUGGACAGUAGUUUUGCACAUGAUGGCUAUAAAGAUCCUGAUGAAGAUGUACAUAAUGAUGAGGAUGAGAAGGGUGGUGCUGUGAAUAAGCAAAAUGAAGCCACUUUUUCCAGACCAUCAAGUGUUCGCAGACGGCUUGAUUUCAGUCGCGAAACCGCUGAUCAUCAGCAGAGGCUACUGUCUUAUCCUAUAAGCUCUGUUCAUGCCAGAGUGAAUCAUUUUACAAGUGAUGGGCCAAUCCAGGGCAGAGGGUCAGCCACACCUCUGCAUUUUGAUCUUGACAGUGGAAGUGCUGUGGUAUGUGGCUGCAAAGGGAACAACAACCACAGGACAGAUGCCCAUGGUUGUCCAUCUAAUCGUCACACAGGAGGAGACACCAAGCCAGACAUCAUAGGGGGGUUUACCUUGUACGACUGUGACCCCAGAUUAUCGCCAAAGUGUGUCUCAUUCCAAAAACAAAAACCCAGGCCUGUAACAGUGGCAUCAAAGAAGUUUAACAACAAACCAGUUGGGCACAAAGAUAAAAGAAGAAUCUCUAAGAAGGAAAAACUUUAUACAGAAACAGGCAGUAAUGGGGCUUCUGGAUUUAUGGCUAAGCCAACACCUGUUUAUGAAUCAAAGAAAACAGCUGGCUACAACUACGGACUGCCACGGAGUUCUCCACGUGCUCUAAACAAAAAGCAAGAAGGAGAGCAGAGGAUUAGUGUGUGUGUGAGGAAAAGACCUCUGACAUGCGCAGAGAGCAGAAGAGGAGAAGCAGAUGUUGUGACAACUCCAGGUGGAGAGUGUGUGAUUGUCCAUGAAAGCAAAGAAGCUGUGGAUCUCACACAGUACAUUCUACAGCACAGGUUCUACUUUGACAAGGUUUUUGGAGAGGAGAGCUCCAAUGAGGAGGUGUAUCAAAGAACAGCAUAUCCUUUGGUGCAGCACAUACUCAAUGGAGGCAAGGCCACCUGUUUUGCAUAUGGCCAGACAGGUGCAGGGAAGACUCACACCAUGUUGGGUUCAUGCCCUGGGAGACCAGGGUUGUACGCACUUGCAGUGCGGGACAUUUUUGCUCACCUGUCCACGUCAAACAUGCAACCACCCCUACUGGUGUAUGUUAGUUUCUUUGAGAUUUACUGUGGUCAGCUGUAUGACCUGUUGGACCAUAGGAAAAGGUUAUUUGCCAGGGAGGAUGGACAGAGGGUGGUUCACAUUGCAGGGCUGCGUGAUGUCAGGGUGGACUCUGUCAGCUCACUGCUGGAGGUGAUUUCAAAGGGUACAGAGGAGCGCACACAGGGGAUGAGUGGAGUGAAUCCACUCUCGUCUCGUUCUCAUGCCUUGCUUCAGAUUCAGCUUAGAGGUCCAAACCAGCAGGUAGCUGGCAGAAUGUGGUUUGUUGACCUGGCAGGAAGUGAGAGGGCAUCAGAUACCAAAGAACCCGACAGGCAGAGUCGUAUGGAAGGAGCUGAGAUCAACCAGAGUCUGUUGGCUCUUAAAGAAUGUAUCCGGUCCCUCGAUCAAGAGCAAUUGCACACACCCUUCAGACAAAGCAAACUGACUCAGGUUUUGAAGGACUCGUUUGUUGGUGACUCAAUGACAUGCAUGAUUGCUAACAUUUCACCUGGUUACUCAGCAACAGAACACACACUUAAUACACUGAGAUAUGCUGAUAGGGUAAAGGAGUUGAGGGGACAAGGAGGAUUAAGAGGAGGAAGGAGAGGCAAGAUAAUCCCCUCCCCCAAACAUAACCUCUCCAACAGCAACAGCAGCAGCAACGGUAGCAGUGCUGGUAAUCGAGGGAAAAGUCCCACUAAAAAGCAGAAGUUAGAGAGACGAAGAGAGGCUUUUGGUCCCACCACACCUAAUAAAAGGUCAACCAAGGGGGAGGCAGUUCUCUGCUCCACACCCAAAAACAGCAGAUGGGGAGUGGAAACAAGUGCAAGGGGCCGAAAAAGGAUUGGUCUUGAACAUAUUUCACCAGUUGGGGGUUGGCUGGGAGUGGGAGAUAAGAGGCAUGAGGAAGCGAAGAGUGAAAGUGAAAGAGAGGGAAGAGAGGGUAGAAGAAGAGAAAAUGAAAGGUAUGGAAGAACUAACAGUCACUCUGUUAGUGACCAACAUGCCAGAGCAGGGCUGGUGCUGGGACAACCAACAGAUGAGCAUCUUCACUUGUGGGAGGUUCAGAAAUCUUUAACUCAAAUGGAAUCUGAAAUCUUGCACAGAGACAAAGAGAACCAGCAAAGCAAAGGGGGAAGAGAGGAGGAAAGAGGAUGGGUACACCAGCGAAGACAAGUGGAAAGCAGUAGAGCCACAAGUAGUGAAGUAGAAAGGCUGAUGGAAAGAGAUUUACAAAGGGCUGAUGAAAGGGAUGAGGAGAGGCAGAAGCAUCUGAGAUGGUAUCACCAGCAGCUGCAGCAGUUCAUGCCCUCAUCUGCUUCCUCAUCUGUCAGUCUCUUCUCACCCUCUACAUGUCCAUCUUUGUCUUCCUCCAAUCAGGCCUCCCUCUCUUCCUUUCUCUCUCCAUCUUCCUAUUCUUCCCAUCUCUCAGCUUCUGUCCUCAUGUAUCAUGGUUUGGAAGAGGUUUUAGAUGCGUAUAGGGCCGGGGUUGAGGUUAGAGCUAACAGAGGACAGUUGCUUUUUCCCAGUGGUGAGAGUGGCUUGCAAACUGAAACUUCUCCAAGCUGCAAUUACAAUAAUGAUGGGAAUGCUCUUGGUGACUCUGGUGGUGCUGGUGAAAAUUGGAGGGCAUCUUGGGAGGGAGCAGAGGCAAGGUUUGGACAGGACAGGGGUGAAAGGGAAAAGAGGAGGUCAGUGGAGGCAAAGGGUGAAGCAAGAGUGAGUAGAGAAGACAAGAGGCUAGCUGGGAUGGAAGGGGGAGAGAGGAGGUGGGCCUGGGUGGCAACAACAGAGACAGAGCAGGCGGAUAGGGUGACAGCUGCAAUGCCGACUGAUGCAGCGUCACAAGUGUCUUGCAACUGUCAUUCUGAGGACAGACAACAAGUGGGUGAAGAGGGACUGGAUCCCUCAGAUGUCCCAGCUAUGUGGAGCACUGAGGAGGAAGGAGGAGCUGACAGCUACAGUUUAGAGUCCGCUCAAAGCAACAGUGACAGCAGUAGCCUCUUCAACCGCCCUCCUUUUGAGUCACCCCAUCAGCGAGCUCCAGCAGAACGACCCCUGUCCCCAGCCUGUGAACACAGCAACACACUCCUGAUUCAAAACAAAGUUAGUGAUCUCUCUCUUGAAUCAAAACAUGCCAGAUGCACUUCCAACAUCCCGCCUUUACCAUUGCAAAAUACCAGAUUUUCAAAUGCUCAAUCAAGCACACUACCUCUCUCUACUUCCAUCACACAGACUAGAUAUAAAAUGCUCCUUGACAAACUACCUGAAAAUUCAGCUUAUACCGAGACAUGCGACUAUCCAGAAACCAAAGCCAGAAUGUCUGUUUUACCUCAUGAUGAGACUCAUGCAGAUUCUAGCUGCAUCAUGGACCCCCUCAGCAUCUCCUUACUUCAGGUUGACCAACAGGUCGCCACAGCCUCGUUCCUCCAAGGGGAACAAAACAACGCCUCGCUGUGUGUGCUUGAGAAGAAAAGGGGAGAAGAGAUGGCAGGGAAAGCUGUAGAGGACAAGGACAUAGAAUUUCGUCUGUCUCUUUUGGAGCUGCCACGAGCCAAGACCCACUGCCCUCCCACCUCUGGCACCAUGACAGCUAAUACUCACACUGAGCAAGGAAAAGGCAAGUGUUGUACCACACGUGAACACUGUGGAACAGGUAGGACAAAACCUUCUAUGCCUGAAGUUAUGCUGGGCUCUCUCCAUGACCUAGAGAACAGUCAGAAACCCCAAACCAUGCCAGUCUUUGGCAACAAAGCUUCUGCAUCCCAAUUUAAAACCUCUACAUAUGCUUCUAUGCAAACUUCUGUUAUGCAGUCCAGCUCACCUUUUGUCCUGCACUCCAAGAAAACUGAUUCACCCAGCUCACGCAAUCUAAUCCCUAAUGAUGCCACUCAAAUGGCAACAGAAUCUGCUCACACCAUAGACCACAAACCUGCCUCUUCCAUUUCAACACCACAUUUAGAAAGUGUCUUUGGCCAUUGUCACACAGUACAUACAAACCAAUCCAGCGACUCAGACAACUCACUUCAAUCAAACAGUCAAGAAAACACCAGCAAUCUGCAAAUUAAACCCAUAAUCCAUCUCUCUACCCUGGAAGACUUGGAUCAUGCCCAGUGGUGUGUUGUCCAGGCCCACUGGGAGCAGCUAGAAGAGAUGGAAGCCUUAUAUCAUAAAGAGGGGACACUUCUGUGCCAGCAACCUGAUAUGGCAUUUGGGGAAUAUGUCCACAAGCUGGAGGAGAUCAUGGAGAGAAAGGCUCAGUGUGUCCGCAGCAUGAGAGCUCAGCUGCAGCCAUAUCUGAAGCCCAGUCAUUCUAACCAACCAAACAACCAAGGAAAAGAUAAUAACAAGCCAAUUAUUUGAAUUAACAAAGAUAUUUCUAUUUUUAUCACCGAUUAUUCAAAGCCAUUAUAGUGUUUACAACUGCACAUUAUAGUUUUUCACUGACAAGACUAAAUACAGCAUGAGUCAUUAUUAAUGGGGACUGAAAGAGCAGAAAAACUUACAGAGACAUGUUUUUGUGUAUUUUUGUUUGGGUAUUCUACAGAUUGAUUUCUGUGUGUGUGUGUGUGUGUGUGUGUGUGUGUGUUUGGUUUGAUUUUUGUGUUUAUGUGUGGGUAUUUUCCCUUGUUUUCCUCAGUACUGUUUACAUGCUGAUGCAGAUGCAUAUAUUAUGAAAUUACAUUUUUAGUUCUUUGAAUCAUAAUUUGUUAAGUUAUCUUAAAAUAGAGAUCUGUUACACUACUGUGGAUACUUGGAUGACUAGUGUUUAGAGAAAAGAAAGUUAUUGUAAUAGCCGCUAUUUAUGAGUUGUAAACUGCAGCUUUUAAUUUAACCCAAAGUGCUGUACUGUUGCAAGCCCAGUCUUGGUCAACUAAUUUCUCCUAGUAUCACGCUGAUAAUACUUCCACAGUUUUGGUCUUGCUUGUCUUUUUUCUUGGUUGUAAAAAACUACAAAUCUUGAUUUUUACUUUUUAUUUGUUUAUUUAUUUAUUUAUUUAUCGUUUAUUUAUUUUGCAAAAUGACCUGAAAAUGAUUUGAUUAUUUUGUGACCAUGGUAUUGGAUUUGAUCCAGGCUUAGAGUUUCCCUGGUUUGUGUCUGGGUUUGUGUCUCAAUUUGUGCUUUACCCACAUCAUCACAAGUCUCUGUCUGGACAAAGGCCAGCACAGCCUGAGUAGUGUUAAUCUUCUGUAUGACUACAUGUUUGACUAGAUCUCUGACUCUGGAAUGAUGACACACUCAACCAAAGAUGCACAACUUGAUAUCCUACUUGAAACUUGGGCUCAGGUUGUCUAAUGAGCUGUUUACUUCACAGGUGGCAAACUGUUUCUUGGUGCUACAUUUUUGUCUUUGGGUAAAAGAUUGUGACACUCAUAAACCAAUGAGACAUGGUGUGUUGUUAGUUUUCAGCGAAAUGAUUGAGGCUAUUUGAUUUUUGAAACACAGUUCUAAGAGUUUAAGAUUGAAUUAAAUUUGCUUGAUUAUCA